AGUUUUUGAGAAUGGGGCAAGAUCAAAGCAGUAGUUUAGCGGGUCAAAUGGGCCAUCCAAAUGUUCCUUAUACCUCGUAUUCUGUGGAAAAGGAGGGAGCAAAACCGAAGUCGAAACAGAGAGCCAAGCUGGAAGAUAUUAUGGUCGUUAAUGCGCCCACUGGAAGCCCAAAACUUGUCUCCAAAACUGAAGAUCCUGAUACGAGAAACUUGAACAAAAUACCAUUCUAUUAUCCGCUCCUUCGAAGCUCAAUUUCCGCCUCUUCAGCUAGAGAGUUGGAGUUUUUUGAUAAGUUUGACCUUCGCCCGUGUUUGUCACUGUGUUCACGAUAUGAAAAGCACCUGAAGCAAUGUGCCGAGGCUGUAGCAUUUGACCAACACAUGCUCUCGUCACAAGUCCGCGAAAUGGAUACAUAUUGUGCUACAGUUUUGCGAGGAGUAAGUGACAGGUACAAGAAGUUCUCUUAUGUGGCUGGACAGCUAAGGAAGGUAGAGGAAAUGAACUCUAAUCUCAGGAGAAUCGACGCUAACCUCAAGCGUCUUGUACCUAUGAUGGAAAGACUAAAUAACGUGUUACCUGCGGAAGAACGGCUGGAGGAAUUUUCUAUAUCUCAAUACAGCAUACAGCGCUAAAAUUAUAAAUGCGGGUUAUGUUGGGGUGGGUAGGUGAAAAAACAUACAAAAAACAAAAAGCAACAAUAUCAACAAAAGGCAAACAAUAAAACCAUUUUAUCAGGGUGGCAAAGGGGUGUACGUAUCAGGCAUUGCGUUGACUUUUUUUGGGUUAUCACGCAUCACAGGGAAAACUGAAUUAGCCAUCACGCAUCAUGUAAAUGAGUAAGUUAACAUGGCAAUAUAUCAACCCUUGAAUGAAUCAGCUCUAAUAAAUUGCUUUCAGGGUCUUUUUUGGGUAGAAAAGAAAAUGAUGUCAUGAAUAUCUGUUUUUAAUGUCUGUGCUUGUAGUUUCAAAUGAUAUUCACCAAUCACGGAAUUCUAUAAGAAAACUCACGUGUCACUCGUUGUGAAUACAGAAAAUUAUACACCACCCAGCUAAAAGGGCAGCUAUGCCUAAUCACGCCUCUUGCAACUAAUUUGUUCCUGAUCAUGCAUCACGCUGAUAAUUCAUGACCCCUCAAGCAUCACUGAAAACCCCUUUGCCACCCUGUCCUUUGUUUGCCAAAUCAGUUUGGGCUAGUUGUAAGCUCUCUUUCAGUAGCAGCUGACACUAAGCUAUGUCCCUGUCAACUUUACAGUUGUGUGCUCAGUGCGCUGGCCUUUGAAUAGAAGCGAGACUGGUGGUGACCUUGUUUUGUUGCAAACCUUCUUGUUUUUCAUGUGC